UGACAUGGAGUUCUCCACUCUCUCUUCUGAAAUUGUUGGCGAUUUUUCCGAGCGCUACUCGGUGACUGUUAGUCCCUCCAAUGCCACUUUCUCCGAGGAUCUGCUGCGUGUGCCUUCAAACAGCAGCAAACCCGACAGGGCUUCAGGCAGGGACACAACAAGUCUCAUCAUCGUCGUUUGUAUCACGGCUCUCUACUCUCUCAUCUGUGUGGUGGGGCUGCUGGGAAACGUGCUGGUGAUGUACGGGGUGGUGAGGUACACCAAGAUGAAGACUGCCACCAACAUUUACAUCUUCAACCUGGCCCUCGCAGACGCCCUUGCCACCAGCACCCUGCCCUUCCAGAGCGCCAAGUACCUGAUGAGCACAUGGCCGUUUGGGGAGCCGUUGUGUAAAGUGGUCAUCGCCAUUGACUACUACAACAUGUUCACCAGCAUCUUCACGCUCACCAUGAUGAGCGUAGACCGCUACAUCGCUGUUUGUCAUCCUGUGAGAGCGCUAGACUUCCGCACGCCUGCCAAAGCCAAGCUAAUCAACGUCUGCAUCUGGAUCGUCUCCUCUGCUGUUGGAGUCCCUGUGACGAUCAUGGCUGUAACUAAGGUGACAGAUAAAGGCAACACAGCCUGCAUACUCACAUUCCCCACACCGGAGCGGUACUGGGAUACAGUGAUGAAAAUCUGCGUCUUCAUCAUUGCCUUUGUGGUUCCCGUCCUUGUCAUCACCAUCUGCUAUGGUUUGAUGAUCCUCAGGCUGAAGAGCGUUCGUCUUCUCUCUGGCUCCAAAGAAAAAGACCGAAACCUACGACGGAUCACCCGUAUGGUCCUUGUUGUUGUGGCUGCCUUCAUCAUCUGUUGGACUCCAAUCCACAUCUUCAUUAUUGUCAAAACCAUGGUGGAUAUCAACAAAAACCUCCUGGUGGUGGCCAGCUGGCAUCUGUGCAUCGCACUGGGCUACAUAAACAGCAGUUUGAACCCGGUGCUGUAUGCCUUCCUGGAUGAGAACUUCAAGAGGUGCUUCAGGGAUUUCUGCCUCCCCUAUCGCUCCCGCCUGGAGCAGAACAGCUUCUCCAGGGCGCGAAACAGCACUCGGGAGCCUGUGUCUGUUUGUGCUCCUGCACCCACAGAGAGACCGCCGGCCUGACUAGGCAUGGGUCAGUUGGGGGGCAGGACAGUUCAGGAUGACCUCCAGACUGAGGUUACACAGUUCUCCACCACAGGAGUCUGAGUCUACGGAUAGAGAAGUUUGAUCUCCUGCUUAUUGUUAAUGAUCGAUUGUGUUUUUGGUUUCCUGUGAUGAAACUCCUUCUGUGUAUCUCUUUUAAGGGAUUGUCUUACAGGAGGACCACAGACAUGCCUGUGUGCGCCAGUGCAUAUAAAUGUACAGGGAGUGUGUGCAAAGCUUGUGCAUAAAUCAACUACAGUAUGAAGAAACAUGUUCAGUGCAGUCAGAAAAUAUUGAGGCAAUGAAUUGUUUUCAGCAACGGGGCUUUUAAUGGGGAUUAUCAUAUUAACCACCUGCCAUUUGAUUGGAUACCAUACAAAACAAUAUGAUAGGAUAGGAUAUGAUGAAGUACAAUACAACACACAAGACAUAAUAUGAUAUUGUGCAAUACAAUACAAUACAACAACAUGGAUGCAAUGUGGUAAAAUCCAGUAAGAUACUGCACUGUACUAUACAGCAUUAACAAACAAUAUAAUAUGAUUUAAAAAGUUUGACUUAAUGUCCCCAUGGGAAAAUGUGUCUCGGACUUGAAUGCUUCACAUUUAGCUGUCACUUACCAAUCUGCUCUACCUUGAAAGCUACAUGAGAGAAAAAAUGCAGAGCCCUAAAGAUGAAUGUAUUUCUAUAUUUUUCCUGUUUAAAGCCCCAUCCUUCCCAAAAUGGGUUUGUGAGCAGAGAAGCAGCCAUUGUUUCACUAAAAAUGUGUUUCUAAAAACUCUGUCUGUUCGCUGGAGGAGAACAGACAAUUACUGCAAAAAAAAUUACAAUCUUAUUUUCUUCAUGAUUCAAUCAAACAUUCAGUAUACACAAAUUGGACAAAGGUUCUAGUCAUAAAAAAGUAAACAGCAGUUAUGGCUGUGGCUUUCAAUUCCCUUCAAUAAAGUGCAGUAUUGCUGUUACACCACAGCCCUUCCAGAAGGGUUAAACUAAUCUAAGCCUCAGUGUUGUAUUUGAGAGGCAAUCGAGGACUUUUUGUACAAAUUAAAAUGAGCAGGACAGUGUUCCUUAAAUAAAAACACAGGACUACUGAUAGAAAGUGUUUGAUUGGCCCAAUCAGUAGCCUGACGUCAAUCCAACAGAUGAUCUUCUUCAAAUGAUGAAAACUCCUCCUGAUAACCUCCUUCAGGCUGAACAUUAAUGAAUGUCUUUCAAAAGAUUCCACAUUGGUGAUUGUAUUGUAUUGAAUUGUCAAUCACCAGGAGAGUAAUGAGAAUCCAAUCAGGCCUGUUUAAGACUCGCACUCGCUGUAAUAUAUCAAUUUAAUGAUGUUUCUAUCUAGCUUGUUCUUGAAUUGAAAAGAGGUUGCUUAAUUUCAGAUGAAAAAAUAACAGACACAUCAAUUUUAAAAUUCUGAGAAAUUCCAUAGGACAACAGUUACAUGUUGCAGUGACUCUUUUGUCCUCUUUGGUCCAUCUGAUACCUCAUAAAUGCGAACCAUGAAAAUAAAACCAGCCUCCAUGAGUGAGCAGAGAUGACUGGUGCUAACGGCGCUUUAUCACCGCGAGCGACAGUGCUCAGCUGACUCCUUGAUAUAACUCUUCUAGCUGUUUUGGUUGCAUUUUUCAAAAUCUGAAAACCGUGAACUGGAAAGCUGAAGGUGAAAGUUGCUCUACUUUAACUCACAGAUGUUUGACCUCAAACUGGUAUGGAGGCAGCACUGAGCAUUAACAAGCGACAAUACGUACACAGCUAAACAUAUUACAGCUAAUGUACAAAUCUCCAGGUAUGAUUGGUUGACUUUUUCAGGGGACAUACGUCCAUGUGAAGACAUUUUUUUUCCCUAAUUUUGAGGGAAAAUUCAAGUGAUGCCUCUUUUGUUUGUAUUUUGGUUUAAAGCAGCAUCAAUAUAUCUAGUGUAGAUAAUUUUGAUGUUUAACAACAAGUUAUAAUGUGAUUUAUUUGUGCUACUGUUACAUUAAUAUUCACUUGUAACCAAAUUAGUAAUAGUUAUGUUACAUAAUAUGUACUUACACUAAGUUCAAUGUAAGUGAAGUUUUAUAUAUCUUAAACUAUAUAUAUAAAUGUUGUUCCUGUUUCAUUUAUUAUUUAUCAUUUUUUAAAUGAUUUGUGCAGUGUUGUAGACAUGGCCUUCAGCUGUACCGUAAUGCCUUAUUCAGCAUUGUGUUUCCCAUAAAGUAAUCUGUUUUGUA